AUGAGACGUCGUUGGGCCCUGCAAAGCCAAGAUCGCACGACCACCGCACCUUCCUCUCCAAUCGAAGUGGAGUCUCAGCCAGCAUCGCCUCCCAGGAGCAUCGCCGAAGAUUUUGAGGCACAUCUGGCCGCGCUGGCUUCAGAACCUGCACCGCCUUGCUCCGACUUCAUAGAAGACCCUGCAGCUAUACAGCCUUCCAUUGCACAGGUCUUCCAACGGCAACGACUGUUGCAGGCGUACCCAAAAAAUCCGCCCAACGCCAAGCACAGCCAUGGCGACCUUCCAACAGUCGCUGACUUGAUAGUGGGCCCAACCACAGCUCGGGCAACGCCCAGGCGGAACACAUUUUACCCGCCGGUCCCGCAGGCGGAUAGAGCAUUGCACAUAGCACCGCCGCCGAAAAGAUAUCGGCCCGAGCCGGCACUUCAAUUUGGCGGCCUGCCAGUACCGCCCCCUCCAUCGCUGCCGCGCAGCCUUGCAGGAUCCACUGCUACGCAAAUCAUCCCGCACAGCUCUCUUAAAAGCCCUCCGGCCACGCCACGACCGCCGCCGGCAUCUCAGACUCCGCUUGCGCCUCCCAGGCCGCGCACAGUCAAAUUCAGGACCGUGCGCAGCUCCCUAGCAUCGCGCAUGAACAUAUGCGGUACGCUUUGGCUGCAGCUAGUGUACAAGCUAGGCAAAGCCUCGCAUCUCUUGCAAUCGGUGGAAGCAGCCAAACAAGCAUCGGACCAUAUUAUGGCAGUAAUCCGCAACAACACACCAGGCACGCUGGAGCGAUAUCUCCGCAUUGCAUCGCUAUUCAUGGACUUUCUUGGCAGCUCCGCAAUCAGCUUUCUCGACGCUUUUGCAUCCAGGCACGAAGAAAUGCACGCCGCAUCGCAACAUCAUCCGGCACCUACACAGCUUGACCCGGCAACGCAACAGGCCACGCAGAGCUCGCCAGACGUCAUUGAGCAAUUCUCGCCAGAAUCGCCAGACCCCAUCGCACCCUUCUCAGAUGAAGAAGCCUGGAUGGUGGAAAACGCGGCACUGCAACGCCAAAGCUCCGAUUCCUCCAGCGAAGCAUCGUCAGUGUCCUCCAAAGAACCCUUGCAAAUAGACCUGGAUGGACCAACGCCGCUCUUUGCAUGCACAGGCCCUUGGGGCUGUUGGCACUCGCUUUGCCCCCCUGACGAGUCCGGCGUGCUGCGCACAGCAUGCGGGAUCAAGCUAGGCACAGCCGCCUUCACUUCUAACGCACCGCCACAGCCUCAUUGCCGUCGCUCGGCUUGCGUCGCACUCCGCAAUGGCGCUUGA